UCACUCCUGCUCCCCGCAGGGCCGUGGGCUUGGCUGCCCUUCCCAGUGUUAGGUUCCCAGAGCAGUGCCGUCUUGGCGUCUGGGUCCUGCUUCUUAACCUCUCAUCUGCUCAGGGCACGGAAGGGCUUUGUCAUCAGUAGCAGGGAGUUGGGUCACUCUGGUGCCCCCUGACCCCUGUGGCCACGCUCUUGUCACCACAGUUCAUCAAACAGAUGUGACUCAGUGUGUCUCAGGACGGUGCUGAACCAACUAGGACCAGUUCUUAUUUUUCCGAGUAGCGCAGAGAACUUCUGAGCGUCUGAAGGGCAUGGUCCAGAAUGGUUUUAAAAACUGAAUUUCCAGCACCAGAAACCACUUCUCAAGCUCAUUUUCAUGUUUAGAAAAGGGGCAGGACACCCCACCACUACAUCCCACCCCUUUGGGGCUCCAGGGGCCUCUGAGGGGUAAUUAGUGGCUUCUUUGAUGAGCACCUACCGCCUGCCAGCCAGCGCCUUGCUGAGCACUCAGGAUUCAUCAUCUUAUGGGACCCUCAGCCAACCGUGUGGGCUGAGUUGUGCCGUUAGCUGUGUCUGCAGAGGAGGAAACUGGCCCCAACAGGUUGGACACUGCCGCAGGCAGGCAGCAGGAAGUGGCCAAGUGGGAUCAGAAGCCAUGGGACCUCCCUGGUGCCCGAGGGCCCCAGCACAGGGCUCAGACGCAAUAGGUAGGCUGAGACGCUGGUGUCCAUCAUCAGUUGAACCCAGGAGCACCCCUACCUGAAUUCAUCUUGCUCUGGUUUAGAAGCUCCCUUGGGUUUAAACAAACUCUUCAUGGUUUAAGUGUGUUUUGUCUAUGAUACUCUUCCUGCUUUCAGAGAGAAUGGGAAUGAGAGAGAGUGCUCAGGCCCUUGGCGAUUUCGAUGGUGCGGUUCCUAGUACAAACCCAGAGAACACGUCAGUGGUGCCUGCCAGUGUCAGAGGGCCUCACUCCCCACUGAGGCUGCCACCCACAGGCCUCACGGGCCCAGGGGUCCCCAGCGCCACUGCCUGGGGGUCCCAGCCCAAGAGAGCAGUUGGGCCUGGGUGGGCUGUCAGCCAGGGUCAUGCAGAUUUCCAUCGGGGUCCCCCUCACAGGACGCCUCAGACUGUGUGUGUGUGUGGACGGCUCCUUUGCCUAGACCUGUAGCUUUUCUAAGCGAGAAGGAACAGGCUCCGAAGUCCUCUGAUGUGCCCGCAGCUAGAUUCUUGGUGGUGGCCAGCCUGAGUUGGAGUCACGGUCACUCCUGCCUCACUGCCCUCUGGAGCAGGCCCCAGCUGUCCUUGUCUCCCGAGUAACUGAGCUUUGGGCAUCUCUGGAGGGGUUUUCAUGUUUUAUCUUUUUUAUCACUUGGGACCUUGGUUUGUGGUCUAGUCCAGCCUUUGGUCUGAAACUACCUGUUUUUCCACCAGCAGGUCAUAGAAGUUGUUCAAGGUCAAGGGUAUGUUCAAGGUUUACAGAAAUAAACACAUUUGACUUUGGUGUCAGACACGACGGGUUCUCAUGCAGGAGCACUUUGUGAUGCUUGUAGCCACAAAGUCACCAUGUCAGACACAAUGGGUUCUCAUGCUGGAGAGCUUUGCGAUGCCUGGCCACGGUGUCACCAUGUGAGACACGAUGGGUUCUCGUGCUGGAGAGCUUUGUGAUGCCACAAUGUCACCAUGUGAGACACGACGGGUUCUCGUACCAGAGAGCUUUGCGAUGCCACAGUGUCACCAUGUGAGACACGACGGGUUCUCGUGCUGGAGAGCUUUGCGAUGCCUGGCCACUAUGUCACCAUGUGAGACACGACGGGUUCUCGUGCUGGAGAACUUUGCGAUGCCACAGUGUCACCAUGUGAGAUAUGACAGGUUCUCGUGCUGGAGAGCUUUGCGAUGCCUGGCCGCGAUGUCACCAUGUCAGACAUGACGGGUUCUCAUGCCAGAGAGCUUUGCAAUGCCUGGCCACUAUGUCACCAUGUCAGACACGACAGGUUCUCGUGCUGGAGAACUUUGCGAUGCCACAGUGUCACCAUGUGAGAUAUGACAGGUUCUCGUGCUGGAGAGCUUUGCGAUGCCUGGCCACGAUGUCACCAUGUGAGACAUGACGGGUUCUCAUGCCAGAGAGCUUUGCAAUGCCUGGCCACUAUGUCACCAUGUCAGACACGAUGGGUUCUUGUGCUGGAGAGCUUUGUGAUGCCACAGUGUCACCAUGUGAGACACGACGAGUUCUCGUGCAGAAGAGCUUUGCGAUACCUGGCCACGAUGUCACCAUAUCAGACACAAAUGAAUUCUCGUGCAGAAGAGCUUUGCAACGCCUGGCCACUAUGUCACCAUGUCAGACACAACGGGUUCUCGUGCCAGAAAGCUUUGCGAUGCCUGGCCAUGAUGUCACCAUGUCAGACACAACAGGUUCUCGUGCCAGAAAGCUUUGCAAUGCCUUGCCAUGAUGUCACCAUGUCAGACACGACAGGUUCUCGUGCCAGAGAGCUUUGCGAUGCCACAAUGUCACCAUGUGAGACACGACAGGUUCUCGUGCUGGAGAGCUUUGCAAUCCCUGGCCACGAUGUCACCAUGUCAGACACGACAGGUUCUCGUGCAGGAGAACUUUGUGAUGCCUGUGGCCACUAUGUCACCAUGUCAGGCACGACGGGUUCUUGUGCAGGAGAACUUUGCGAUGCCUGUGGCCACAAUGUCACCAUGUGGUUUGCAUUUUCAUAUCCACCUGUUGGAAAGGUCCUCAUUCCUCAAAUUUGGGAGCUGGCACACUUUACUGGCAGUGUUGACAAAAAGCCAAGCUCUGUGAAAUAUUUGAAGAGGUUUUUUUCUGAGCCAAAUGUGAAGACUAUGACCUGUGACACAGCCCUGGGAGGUCCUGAGAAUAGCUGCCUAAGAUUGCUGAGUUACAGCCUGAUUUUAUACAUUUUAGGGGGACAGAAGUUAGAGGCAGAGACGUCAGUCAGUGCAUGGAAGGUGCACAUUGGUUCACCCCAGAAAGGUCUGAAAACGAGCUUCUAAGUAUAGGUGUGUUACAGGAAAGGGGUCACCAUCCAGACCCCAAGAGAGAGUUCUUGGAUCUCAUGCAAGAAAGAAUUCAGGGCGAAUCCAUAGCGUAAAGUGAAAGCAAGUUUAUUUAGAAAGUGAAGGAAUAAAAGAAUGACUACUCCAUAGAGCAGCCUCAAGGGCUGCUGGUUGCCCAUUUUUAUGGUUAUUUCUUGGUGAUAUAAUAAUCAAAGGGUGGAUUCAUGCCUCCCCUUUUAAGACCAUAUAGGGUAACUUCCUGACGUUGCCGUGGCAUUUGUAAACUGUCAUGGCACUGG